AUGAAGCGCAGUGUCAUGGAUGAUGACGACUGCGACGUAUUUGAUGGCAGGGACCCAGCAGGGCAAGUGGCUGAAUCAAAUAAGUUGAGUAGACAUGUUGUACAAGUUCGGAUGUUCCUAUGUUGCGAUUGGUGGUGUUUUUAUUCCAUUGAUGUGAUGAAACGACAUGAGCACGGACAACGAGCGUCACAGCGAGUCGUUCGUGAGUCGAACAUCAGGACGAUCUCGUCAUCAGCCCCUGCAUUGAAUCUUCGUGUAAUGAAUCGGAAGUUUCAGAUAACUGACGAGCACAUACCUACUGAACUCAGUCUAACAUUCGACUCGAUCGUGCUUGUUAGCUUAACACAAGAAAAAAUUCUUAAUUUUGGUCGAAUGUUUGUUUGCACCAGUCGCUCAUACCACUUCACCCUGGCUGCCUAG